CUCGACCGGAUAUAUUAAACGCAUGGACGAGGUCUGAGCCUGCGCCUGCGCUCUUUGCGUGCGCAGUCUCUUUGUGCCGCCGUAGACUAUCAGCUGCGGAGAAUCAAUAUUCCGCAGCCGAAGUGGCAGUCGAAUCACGAUCUGAUGCCGCUCUGCAUCGCAGAUGGAAUCCAACGUCACGCCUUGUGUAGUAUCUUCGGUUGAGGUAGACUCGAAGUGGGAUUCGAUGGCAGACGGAUGCAGAAAAAGCACGAGGUAAUCCGUUGCACAUAUCUAGGAUCUAAUCUCUGCUUGCGAUAUAAUCCAUUAUCAUCGCUGUCACUGGCAUACCUCUGUGCCUGAAUGCUGCUGAGUACGACAGCUUGAGCGUCACGACAGCGACCGUGCCUGCCAGAGCUUGCAUGAAGUAGGAGUGCUGGGUGCAUUGUUCUUUCUUCGGGGCAGGUUAUGCAGACGGCCAAAUUGAUAAGAUCAAGCCAUAUCUGAUGGACAGACAAGCAACUAUCAAAUCUCAGACCUGACCAUGAUGACGAUCGAGCCCUGAUUAAAAGCCCGCCAAUCACUCCAGUCCCUUCGCGUCCUUCGACAGAUCGAGACCCUACUGCUGCUGUUUUCCAUCUUUCAUCCACGGACGACGAGAUGGAUCGAAAGCUACGCCAGAAUAAGCCUCGCCUCCUUUUGAUGGGCCAACGGAGGAGCGGCAAAUCAUCUAUCACGAGCGUUGUCUUCCACAAGAUGCCACCUCAGGAGACCCUUUUCCUUGAAUCUACCACCCAGAUUCAGAAAGACUCGAUGCGGUCGUUCAUGGAUUUCCAAGUUUGGGACUUCCCCGGACAGCUCGACUACUUUGACCCUACUUUCGACACCACCGAGAUCUUCUCCGAGAUUGGCGCACUGGUCUGGGUCAUUGAUGCUCAGGACGAUUACACAGACUCUCUCAACCGAUUGACCACCACUAUUCUCAACCUCCAAACCACCUUUCCUCAUAUCAAUGUUGAAGUGUUCAUUCAUAAGAUUGAUAGUCUCAAUGAAGAAUUUCGCUCCGAUAUCUACCAAGACAUUGUGCAGAGAGUGGGAGACGAGUUAAGCGAUGCUGGUUACAUCAACCCCAACGUCAGUUAUCACUUGACCUCGAUCUACGAUUACUCCAUCUUUGAGGCUUUCAGCAAGGUCAUCCAGAAACUAAUUCCACAAUUGGACACUCUGGAGAACUUGUUGAACAUUCUGGUUAACAACUGUGGAAUGGCCAAAGCCUAUCUUUUCGACAUUUGGAGCAAGAUCUACGUUGCCAGUGACACCAGACCGAUCGACAUGGAGGUGUACGAAAUGUGCUCUGACUACAUUGAUGUCAUUGUCGAUAUUACCGAUAUCUAUGGGUACGACCGACGACACGAGAAGGUCCUCGGGGAGCAGAUGCAGGAAGCCGAAUCAUCCGUCACUAUCCAUGAUGGUACUAUGAUUUACCUGAAGGAAAUGAACCAGUAUCUUUGCCUCGUUACUGUAAUCAAGAACGACGAGGCCAAAGACAAGAAAGGCUUGAUCGACUACAACUGUCAUAUCUUCCAAGAUGCCCUGAACGCGGUGUUUGCACGCGCGUGGGAGAAGGACAAGUCGAAUGAGCAGGGUGGUGAACAAGAACAGAAGCCGAGCAAGACAACAGCUCAAGGCUAGCUUCAGGCGCAGUGGCAAAAUCGCGAAAGGGUGACAUUCCAUGCGCGGGUUAUGAGGCCUCUAUUGCUGGACGAGGCUCAAUAGUGAUAGGGUGCCGUCACCGGGCAUGAUGCUACACCGGCACAACAGCCUAUUGAAAUAGCCAGCAAACGUUACGUAGCUUUGCGGUAGGACGCGACUGAACAGAGUUGAACACAGGCGGAUAAUAAAUCGGAGAAUGACCACAGCAAUAAUGAAAAUAACCCAACUACAACUAUGAUCCCUUCAACUAGCAGCCAG